GAGAGGAGAGGGAGUCGCGCAGUUCCCACGGCGACCCGGCUUACGUAAGGCGCCUCGCGUGGGCAGGGGCUCUGGCCGCGUGCACAGAGCCUGCCCCGCCCCCGGCCGCUGAGGUUGCGGCCGUGCGCGGUCAGGUCGCCCACGCCUCGCAGGCGCCUCCGGCAGCCGAGCCUUGCGCUCGCCCCCGCGCGUAGCCGCCGCAGCUUGGAGCUCGCCGCCCCCAGACGCUGCUGGCUACCUGGCUGGCCGGCUGGCGGCGAAGGCGGUGGCCACGUUCCUUCGAGUGGAGCAUCAUCUCUCCUCCGCUCCUUCCCUCCAGGCCUGAGUCACCGAAGCCCCGCGGUUAUGAGCCCCGAGCCGGUCCCGUCGCCCCGGCCGGUGGUGCCGUCACCACGGGCGCUGGUGCCACCGCGACCGACGGCCCCGCAGUGUCCCCGCUGCAACUAUGGGGAGCCGUUUAUCCAGCGGCUGGAGAAAGGCAAUGAGGCCUACCGCGCAGGCCAGUAUGAAAUGGCAGCCGAGCUCUUCCGUUCCAUGCUGGCCGGCCUGGCGAAGCCUGACCGCAACCUGUGCCUGCGGCUGGGGGACGCGCUGGCCCGCGCCGGUCGCCUUCCCGAGGCCCUGGGCGCAUUCCGCGGGGCCGAGCGGCUCGGGGCGCUGCGGCCCGAAGAGCUGGGAGAGCUGGCGUGCGGCCUGGCGCGCGCCAUGGGCCUGCGCGAGCGGCGGCUGCCCAUGGGGAAGCCAGGCCCAGGCCGCGCACCCGUGGCGCCGGGCGAAGCACGGCCAUCCACGGCACCCCCAGCACCCCGCGUCUUGCUGGGCUGUCCUCGCUGCCGGAGACUGCUGUACAAGCCGGUGACCCUGCCCAGCGGAGUCACGGUCUGCAAGCGCUGCGUGGAUCUGGGGUCGCCCCGGCCGCAGCUGCGUCGCGUGAACGUGGUGCUGAGCGGCCUGGUGGAGAGGUGCUUCCCGGGCGAGUGCCGGCUGCGCAAACUGGCGGGCCAAGCGCGGAAUCUGCAGCGCCAGCAGCAGCUCGACGCCGCGCUGCUCAAGUGCGAGCAGGCCCUGGACCUGGCCCCUGAUGACAGUUCAUUACUGCUGCUGCGGGCAGAGUUCUGUUUAAUCAUGAAGAACUAUGAGCAGGCUCUGCAGGAUGCCCAUGUGGUCUGUCAGAAGGAACCUCUCUUGACCAAGGGACAUCACCUAAAAGCUCAAGCUCUUUCUGGAUUGGGAAGAAGUAAAGAAGUAUUAAAGGAAUUUAUCUACUGCCUUGCUUUAAAUCCUGAAUGUAACUCAGCGAAGAAAGAAACACAGAAGGUAUUGUGUGAGGUGUUUUUUCCAGCUUCAGAAAGUAUGAAUCAAAAUUUGGCAUCUUCCACCCAAAGCAGAUUAAAGGCUCAGUGUGACAGCCAAACAAAUGCCCAGUCUCCUGUGGAAGAAGAUGGCAGCACAGGCAGCUCUGAGAAUCCAUCUGAGAAAUCUGAUGUAUUUAGAAGUGCCAAUUCUUCAGUUUUAUAUUUUAUACUGGGUCUACACUUCGAAGAGGAUAAAAAAGCACUAGAACAUGUCAUCCCGGUAGCGCCCAGCUCUAGUUUAAAGAGACAGCUCCCAAAUGAUAUGGAGGAUGCACAAGACCUGAACACCCCUGGAAAAAUUCCUAAGAAAGAUGCAGAUUCUUCACCUCAAAGAAACAUGAACUCUAAGAUAGGAGAAGAUUCGGAGGAGCUCUUGAUAGACGCAACUGACUUUGAGUGUGCCCUUUGCAUGAGGUUGCUCUUUGAACCUGUUACUACACCCUGUGGACAUAUGUUUUGCCUAAAAUGCCUUGAGCGCUGCCUUGACCACGCCCCUCAUUGUCCACUGUGCAAAGACAAGCUUUCCGAAUUGUUGGCAACCAGAAAUUUUAAUAUAACUAUUCUGGCUGAAGAAUUAAUAUUUCAGUAUUUGCCAGAUGAGCUGUCUGAUAGGAAGAGGAUUUAUGAUGAAGAGAUGUCGGAACUAUCAAAUCUGACCAGAGAUGUGCCCAUCUUUGUGUGUGCCAUGGCCUUUCCCACUGUUCCCUGUCCACUCCACGUCUUUGAGCCUCGGUAUCGGCUCAUGAUAAGAAGAUGCAUGGAAACUGGCACCAAGCGAUUUGGCAUGUGUUUAUCUGCUGAGCAUGCUGGGAUUUCAGAGUAUGGCUGCAUGCUGGAGAUUAAGGAUGUUAGAACUUUUCCUGAUGGAAGUUCAGUUGUGGAUGCCAUCGGAAUUAGUCGGUUCAGAGUACUAAGCCACCGUCACAGAGAUGGCUAUAACACAGCGGACAUUGAGUAUCUGGAAGAUGAAAAGGUGGAAGGUCCAGAGUAUGAAGAACUUACUGCUCUUCAUGAUUCUGUUUAUCAACAGUCUGUUUCCUGGUUUACAUCUCUCCAGGAUCACAUGAAAGAACAAAUUUUAAGUCAUUUUGGGUUAAUGCCAGACAGAGAACCUGAGCCUCAGAGCAAUCCUAGUGGUCCUGCCUGGUCCUGGUGGAUCCUGGCAGUGUUGCCAUUGGAACGCAAGGCUCAGCUGGCCAUCCUGGGCAUGACUUCCCUGAAAGAGCGUCUGCUUGCUAUCCGACGCAUAUUAGUCAUCAUCACACGUAAGAUGAAUAAUCGCCAAGAACUGGCUAAUAACAGGGAGAGAAAUAAUUGAUUUUCUCUCUGUGUUAAAGUUUCUGGAAGUCCCUGUGCUUCUAUGAGUGCCAGGCAUGGACAAAUAUCCAUCCCAUUUAUUGUGCUUUGUAAAAUGCUUGUUGCUAAGCUUAUAAAAUGGGACACUUGCCAAGCGCUGACUCCUAUUCACAAUUUACAAGUCAGUGCCUGGUGGAAUCUGACACUGUACAAGGUUAGCCUGAAGUUCAAAUGGAGCUCAUAGUUGGAAAACCACCUAAGAAAAUAAAAUCUCUUUGAAGCACAUGCUUCAGGAAUAUAGUUCACUGCCAGCAUGAGACAGCCCAGAUGGUUUACAUGUGGCUUAGGUGGCUUCACAAGAAAAGAGAAUGCCGGUCCUAGUCAGUAUCUGCCCGAUGGGAAAUGUGUGUGUCAGUGGCUAGACAGUAAGGGGAAGCCACAUUUUAAUUCAGAAACAGAUCUGGUAGAACCCAGGCUAACCAAAGAUGCACUAGGCUUUGUGUGUUGCUGUGAAAUUGUCUGUGAAAUUGAAGAAUCAAACCAUUGUCCAGUGCAGGAUCCAAAAUUAAUCCUCACUCAAGAAGUAGUAGUUACUAGAUAGAGCUGUGUUUACUGUCCUGUUUUAGUUCUAGGUGUUGUAAAGUGCAUGUUAUAAUCAAAUGAAUGUCAAAAUACAAGAUAUAUCUUGGAUAUAGAAAAUUCUGAGAAUAGUCUAGUAAAGUUGAGACUAUAUAUUUACACACACUGAAUAAACAGUGAACAAAAGUAAGUUAAAACUUUAUGUAUUGGGAUGUGAAACAUAUAGCCAAAGUAGUACAAAGAAAUCAUUGAAAGCAGAGCCCUGUCUUAUUGAUUCAGUAGAUUCUGAACACUUAGGAAACAGGAUUUGCAUUAGAAAUUAGUCCCAUCAGUAAAUUUUAGUCUACUGUCCCUCCACUAAUAUAUGAAGACACCAUGAAAUGGUAAUCUGUCUCUUACAGGGAAAUAUGCCAGAACAUACCAGGAGAGGCGGUAUGAGGUGUAAAUAUUCAAAAAGUUUCCCCAACACCAUGCUAAAAUUACUUGGUUUUUUGAAACAAUGUUUUACAUUUAUUAGACCAGGCAUUGUCAGUUAAAGAACAUUAGGUAUUGCUUCCAUCCUCUAAUGCAUGCUGGUAAGGUUGAUUGGAAUAAAUGUAUGAGAUACUCAGAUGUUCUCACUGUCCCAGCCAGCUGGUGCACACAGUUGGCUUCUUAGUCUCUAAGGUGGACAUCCUUCGCUAAAAGACAAUGGGAACUAAUGAGCACAUCACAGCUACAAGUCUUGCUUUAUUCAUUCAAGGUAUGUGAUUUUCAGGUUUGAAAAAUAUAUAUUUCAUAAUACAGAAUGUUGAUGAAUUACCAAUCCAUCAUGCAUCUUAUUAUAAAGAACUUAUAAUCAUAUUUUUAAUUUAUUUCAUUGUUGGAGGUUUCAGUAGCUAAAACUCAGUUGCAUCAUGGAAGUUAGAAGAGACUACACUUGUGAAACUUAAUCAUAAAGAGGAAAUUUGAAAGGAUAUGCCAGCCCAGUGUUUCAAGUGCUUCGUUUAUACAUCUCAGAUUACAUCUUGAGUGUAUUUUAAGGUCCAUUUGUGAUACUGUGUCUACAGCUUGCUAGGCAGAGGUUCUACCACUUGAGCCAUACCCCCAGCUCAAUGGCAGUUUGACUAAUUCAUGUACUAACAGUAGUAGUCAGCUAUCAUAGGCACUGUAACCUAAUCUGACCUCUUAAAGUCAAUCUGCAUUUCACAUGUAGAAGACCUUUACUAGAAGUGACUCACAAAAAUUAAUAGAUAUUGGCCAUUUUCUUUCAGACAGAUUUUUGUACCUUAAAAAAACAUAUGAAGAGUUGUUACUGCUAUUUCUGUUCAGAAGUGCUGAAUAAUCACAGUGUGGUAACAAUUCCUCCUGGAGUUUCUAUGCUCAGAGUUUCCUAUAACAUUUGGACGUUUUUGCUUUCUCAUCCUCACUUGCUCAGUGUCCUAACACACAGUUCUUACAAUCAGAACCAUUAAGUUGUUUCUUCCUGGUUCUAUUGCCUCUUUUGAGUCUUCUCAGUCUAAAUGUUCUUACAGAAAAGCCUGCAUAACAAUAAUGAUGCAGAUGAAAGCAACACCACUGUUUUUUGUUUUGUUCUUGAUACCAAAGGGAGUUCAGUAUAUCUCAGUCUCCUCAGUCUCAGCCUCAUCUCUGUUUAGCAUCAAACCUCCACCCCUCUUGGCACAGUAGGAGUCUAGCAGUAUAUGCUGAGUGCCUGGGUGAGAGAAAGGAACCAAGGUUACAGUACUCCACCAUCAUGUUAUGAAGAAAGCCUCUUUUCACAAACUUGAAAAAACAAAGAGACCCAAACUCUAGUUACAAAUCUAGAUAAAGCACAACAGUCUACUUUCUCUCCCCUAUCUCUACCUCCUUCCACUUCUUUUCUGUCAGGAAGAUGUUGUUUCUAAGGAUUUCUCAGAAAAUAAUUUGAUCUCUCAUUCAAAGCCAAGGGCAUUCCUGUUUAAUUUUACUGAAAGCCUCCUAACACAAAUGUUCUAAUUGCACCAGAAUUUAAAAGCAGAAAGAGCACUAAUAGUGCAAGGGAGUUACUCUUCUUCUUGAUACACAGUGCUCUGCUAGGUGAUUUUCAUUCACUCUCUUAAGUGGCAUGGCUCACCGUUCUCCACCUGUACAUGACUUUGAAGUGCAGCUGAGAUCCUGACAAGCAGCAUUCUAAACCCAAGACACUUUAGCAUAUCCCAUCCCACGUCCCAGUUUCAGAACUGAAAUAAUGUUUCAAAUGAAAAUAAUUUAAAAAUUUAAGGUGUAUCCAUGAAUCACAAUAAUUUUAAGAAAUUUAUCAAAUACUAUACUGUUACAUCAUUUUUAUGAUAAGUAUCUUUUUUUCUCUCAAAUCACCUCCUAGCGUCCUCCCCCCCAAAAAAUCCCAUCAAGAUGGCAUAGUAUAUUUUAUCUCAGUUAUUAUAUUUAUCAAGUCUUACCACAGGACUUUGAAUUAUCAGGGAACAAUUAAAGUUUAUGGAUGAACCAUGAUACUAUCAUUUUAUUAGAAAAUUAAUUGAAAACUGGCAGUGCUACAAUCAAAAUGCUCUAUUGCUUAGCCUAGCUGUAUUACAUGAAUUUUAAAAAUAAUUUUAAGUCACUUUUUAAAAAAUACCCAUCUUCUCUUUUUUUUCCUCUGUCAUAUAAAUUACUUAAGUAAGUACCACUCUUUAAAUUUUACAUGCUAAGUUUCAAAUAAGAAAGAAGAAAUGUGAAAGAUAGGAAUAAGAGAGAUAUUGCAAAAGAGAUUAAAAUAAACACGGGUGAUUCCUUUUGGUUGAAAGCAUGGGCUCCUGCUCUUCCCAGAAUGGCUGUGGGGUAGGGUAGAGUAGGAAGUCCCUGUCUCCCAUUUGGUAACUUGUGUAGCAAAUAGGAGUUCUUCCUCUUUAGCACCAUCUCACCUCAAAGGCAUGUUGUGAUACUGUGGUUCACCAACCUUAACAACCCAGGGAAGUAAGUUCUGAAUGGGUGUGUAAACCACCAUACAGGAGCAAACUGAACCCUGAAUGUUGUCACCUCUUGACUACUGGGGACAGACCCAGCAUUCUGAGCAUUGACUUUUGACUCCCAGGAGAAAGUCUCUGCACCUUUACAACUCCUCACCACCUAACUUCACUUUGACUCUCAUCUCUCAACUGCUGAGUCCUAUAGCAUAGCCUUUUAGUAGUGUUUCUGCUUUUAGGGGAGCCUGAAUAUUAGAAUACUGCAGUAGCACAAAAGAAGAAAGAAAUUAAAUUGCCAUAUUGGGGACUUUAGCCCUAGAUUAUGCCUGGGUCUUAAUUUAUAAAGGUGACUGAUGGCACAGAGGGUUCAAUGCCACUGAAAGAAAAGUUUACUCUUCUAGUUCCUCUACAAAGGAGAGGCACUGUGUGUUAAGCAGGACAGUAUAGAGCAGGCUGAAGCAGGAAUGAGGGGAAAGCAUAGCCCAGACCCUUAAUUGUUUUCUUCAGGAAAGUCAGGGUUGGACAGAGACAGCUUAGAUCUUUGGAAUUAUGUUAUGAGCUCUAGAUUAUCUGACUGUUCUUUACUUGUCUGGUACCUACUCUGGGUGAUUGGAGCAGAGGCGUAUUGCCUCCUGAUAGAGGAGCCAAAUAGAUGAGGUGAGUUGGAAGUAUGGACUCUGGACUGGUUAGUUUGUAGAGGGAAGGCAUGCUCCUGGGGUGCCCUCUGUCAUCUCUUAGAAUUGAUUUAGCCCUGGAACGGGCAGGCUUUCCCAGUGAGACCCCAACAUGUCAAAACACCAAGAAUGAGAAAAGAAUAUGGUUAUUAGAAGCUCAUUCUGGCCUGUUUGGAUAGAGGUGUAUGGUCUACAAAUGACUAGGUUUUUCUCUGCAAAAGAAUAUUAAAUAAAAAACUGGUAUGAGUUAAAAUUACAUAUAUGUGUGUGUGUGUGUGGCAUUAUUGGGGUUUGGACUCAGCCUCACACUUGCUAGGCAGGCACUCUACCAUGUGAGCCAUGUCACCACCCUUUUUCCUUUCGUUAUUUUUGAGAUAGGUUCUCACUUUAUGCCUGGAUCUACCUGGACUGCAGUCUUCCUGUUUAUGUUUCCCUGAGGAACUGGGAUGACAGCCAUGUACCACCACACCUAAACAUGGUUGAGAUGGGGUCUUGUGACCUUUUUACCUUUGUCAACCUUGAAACUGCCAUCCUUCUAAUCCCUGCCUCCUGAGUAGCUAGGAUUACAGGUUUUGACCAUCAUGCCUGGCUUGCUAUGAGUUAAAUUUAGCCAAGUUUAUUUCAGCAAGAAAUAAGUUCUAGAACCAGGCAGCAAUCUAGACCCAGGAUGACUCAGAAUGAUCCCCCUACACCCAAGUUGGUAAGUUGCAUUUAUAAUCAGAAAAACAGCAGCGGUCAUGCAGAGAAUUACCUGGUUGGUGCAGUUCUCAUAUUUGCCUUAUUUGAGCAUAAUUGGAAGCCUUAUCCUGGGGUUGGCUGAAGUUUCAGCUGUUACAAUUGACUGAACUCAGUUACUUGGUUACUGUGGUGUACAUGUAGGUGACAAUUUUCCUUGCGCCCUUCAGAAAGGCUUUGGAAGGAGCUUUAAUAUUCUUUUCGAUUCCUUCCAUUUUGUUUCUGUCAUCCCUUCUCAAGCUUUACUAGGUCUCAUGUCAUGUAAAUAAAUUGGUAAAGGUCACAAAGUCCUGAAUUCUAAUCUCCUAUAAGAAUCUAAAGUCCUUGGUAAAUUUUUGCAGAUUUUUUUUUUUUGACUCGGGAAGGCUCUUACAAUGGAGUAAAAGCAGUUAAGACAGGCAGAUUUGGUCAGAAGGUCUCACUUUAUAAGGCGUGUGUUCAGCUUCCUCUUUUUCAUUCUCAAGGCAGGAAGACAGUUGGGCAUAAUGGGUCAGUGUACCCAGUAUUUAGGUAAAGAUGGAUGGAGACUAGGUGCCAAUCAACAGAAGAAUGAAUAAAGAAAAUGUGGUAUGGAGUCACAGUGGAGUAUUACUCAGCCACGAAGAAGAAUGAAAUUAUGUCAUU